AUGGAAGCUAUUGUGUGUGCAUCACAUGGAGCAAUGGGCUCCUUGCUGUGGAAGCUGGGUGCCUUACUCUCUGAUGAGUACAAGCUUCUUAGUAGUGUGAAGGUGGAUAUGAUGUUCCUUAAAACUGAGCUUGAGGUCAUUCAUGCUUUCCUAAAGAAGAUGUCAGAGGUGGAGGACCCUGACGAGCAGUCCAAGUGCUGGAUGAAGGAGGUGCAGGAGCUGUCCUACGACAUUGAGGACAGCAUCGACAGUUUCAUGUUCUCUCUUGGUUGUGAGUCCAACAGCAAACCUAGAGGCUUCAAGGGGUUUGUUGGUAGGUGCUUGAACUUGUUUGCAGAUGCUAAGACACGUCAUUGGAUUGCCAAGAAGAUCAAAUGUCUCAAAUGCCAUGUUAUAGACGCUAGCAAUCGGCAUGGGAGGCACAGGGUUGAUGAUGCUGUCCCCAGAUUGAGUAGAACAAGCAUAGACCCUCGCUUGCCGGCAUUGUACACUGAGGCUACAAGGCUUGUUGGCGUUGAUGGCCCAAGGGACAAACUUAUCAAGUUGCUAACAGAAAGAGAGGGCACAACGACACAGCUGAGUGUGCUCUCCAUUGUUGGAUUUGGUGGGCUUGGGAAGACUACUUUUGCCAAUGAAGUGUACCAGAAGCUUGAAGGGCAAUUCGACUAUAGAGCUUUUGUGUCAGUGGCACAAAAACCUGACAUUAAGAAGAUAUUGUGGCAUAUACUCUGCCAGUAUCGUUGCCGAGAGUGUGGCAGCAAUGAAGUAUGGGAUGAGCAGCAACUCAUCAACACAAUAAGGCAGUUCCUUAAGGAUAAGAGGUACUUUAUUGUAAUUGAUGAUAUAUGGAGCACAUCAGCAUGGAGAACUAUCAGAUGUGCUUUUCCUGAAAAUAAUUGUUCCAGUAGAAUAUUGACAACUACUCGCAUCAUCACAGUUACUAAGUAUUGUUGCUCUCCUCACCAUGACCAUGUGUAUGAACUGAAGCCUCUUGAUGCAGCUCACUCUAAGAGCUUAUUUUUUAAUAGAAUUUUUGGUUCUGAAGAUAGAUGUCCUCUUCAUCUGAAAGAAGUUUCCAAUGGAAUAUUGAAAAAAUGUGGUGGCUUACCAUUGGCAAUCAUUACAGUAGCUAGUUUAUUGGUCACUAAAGCUAUUACAAAAGAAGAAUGGGAGAAGAUGCUGAAGUAUAUUGGUUCAGCAGUUGAAAAAUAUACAGAAGGUGGAAAAGGCAUGGAGGAAAUAGGAGAAUGCUAUUUCAAUGAGCUUAUCAACAGGAGCAUGAUUCAGCCUGUUGGAAUUCAGUAUGAUGGUCGGGCUGAUGCUUGCCGUGUCCAUGGUAUGAUUCUUGAUCUCAUCAUAUCCAAAUCAGUUGAAGAAAACUUUCUAACCUUAUGUGGUGACGAAAUCACAAGCUGGUGCAACAAGAUAAGUUUAGAAUUGCCUGAAAGAAUUGGAAACAUGCAAGCUCUACAGGAAUUAUCAGAGAUUGAAAUUAAUUGUCAUACAUCAGUGUCUUCUUUGCUGGAACUGGGCAAAUUGACUAAUAUAAGAAUUCUUGGGCUAAAUUGGUGCAUCAUCGAUACAAAUUAUGUAACAAAAAUCCAUGCAGAUAGUUUGGUUAUGUCCCUCUGCAAAUUAGGCAUGCUCAAUCUUCAAUCGAUACAGAUUCGAAGUUAUCAUAGUUGUUCCCUUGAUUUCUUACAGGAUUCUUGGUUUCCUCCGCCCCGCCGGCUCCAAAAAUUUGAUAUGUCCAUAGACUACUAUUUUCCCAGAAUCCCAAACUGGAUGAUCUCACUGGAGUACCUCAGUUACCUAGACAUAUAUCUUACUCCAGUGGAUGAGGAAUCAUUUCGAACCGUGGGGGAUUUGCCCUCUCUGUCAUUUCUCUGGAUAUCCUCAAGAGAAGCAAAGCCUAAAGAAGGGGUUAUUGUCAGCAGCAAUGGUUUCCGUUGUCUGAAGGAGUUCUACUUCACCUGUUGGGAAAUUGGUACAGGGCUGACUUUUGAACCAGGAGCCAUGCCAAUGCUUGAAAAACUCCGGAUUCCAUUCAACGCACAUGGUGUGUGCUCUUUGCACCAUGUUCUGGAUUUUGGAAUCUGGCACCUCUCUUCCCUAAGGCAUAUCCAAGUUGAGAUUAUUUGUCAUGGUGCGAGGUUUAAGGAGGUGGAGGCCGUUGAGGAAUCUGUCAAGAAUGCAGCCAGCAACCUUUCUGAUGAGCUCUUCCUUGAUGUAAGAAGAUGGGAUGAAGAAGAGAUUUUGAAGGGCGGGGAGCAUAAACUGGAGGAAGAGGAGUUCAGUUCUUAUGAUUCAAAGCAUAACUCAUUGUUGAGGUUUGAUUUCUUCUCUUAA